UCCAAACUCACAUUCUCAUUUAGUCCACCUCCUUUCUUUCUCUCUCUCUCUAGAUCCUACCUCCAUUUUCUCUCUCCAAACAGAUAAUAUGAAAUCCUUAGUUUUAUUAAUUUGACUUCAAUUCAACUGUUAUUUACUUAAAUUUCGAUUCGAUCGACGGACAAACCAACGUCUGGGAUCUAUCUAGACUUAAAACGUUGACCAUAACUGAUCGGAAGUUGACCGGAGGAUAUGGCGUUAUCAGGCAUGCGAGGUUUAUCUGUAUUUAUAUCCGAUGUACGUAAUUGCCGGAAUAAAGAACAGGAACGACUUCGUGUUGAUAAAGAGCUUGGCAAUAUCCGUACUCGCUUCAAAAAUGAAAAGGGUUUGACGCCAUAUGAAAAGAAGAAAUAUGUCUGGAAGAUGCUCUACAUAUACAUGCUAGGAUAUGAUGUAGACUUCGGGCACAUGGAAGCUGUUUCUUUAAUAUCUGCACCAAAAUAUCCAGAAAAGCAGGUUGGGUAUAUAGUGACAUCUUGCUUGCUCAAUGAGAAUCACGAUUUUUUAAGAUUGGCAAUUAAUGCAGUCCGCAAUGAUAUUAUCGGGCGCAAUGAGACUUUUCAGUGCUUGGCAUUGACACUGGUUGGGAAUAUUGGUGGUAGAGAAUUUGCUGAAUCACUAGCACCUGAUGUUCAGAAGCUGCUUCUAUCAAGUAGUUGCAGACCACUUGUGAGAAAGAAAGCUGCAUUAUGUCUGCUACGGCUGUUCAGGAAAAAUCCCGAUGUUGUGAACGUAGAUGGCUGGUCAGAUCGGAUGGCCCAGCUAUUAGAUGAACGAGAUCUUGGUGUUUUAACAUCUUCAAUGAGUCUUUUUGUUGCUUUAGUAUCCAAUAACCAUGAAGCUUAUUGGAGUUGUCUUCCAAAGUGUGUUAAAGUUAUGGAAAGACUUGCUAGAAAUCAGGAUGUACCCCAAGAAUAUACAUAUUAUGGUAUUCCUUCUCCUUGGCUUCAGGUGAAAACCAUGAGGGCCCUUCAGUAUUUCCCUACUGUUGAAGAUCCUAGUAUACGAAGAGCAUUGUUUGAGGUUCUACAACGAAUACUCAUGGGAACAGAUGUGGUGAAAAAUGUAAAUAAGAACAAUGCUUCUCAUGCUGUAUUAUUUGAAGCUCUUGCUCUUGUCAUGCACCUUGACUCCGAGAAAGAGAUGAUGUCUCAAUGUGUGGCACUGCUUGGAAAAUUCAUAGCUGUCCGCGAGCCGAAUAUUCGGUAUCUGGGUCUGGAGAAUAUGACUCGUAUGUUGAUGGUUACCGAUGUUCACGAGAUUAUCAAAAGACAUCAAGCACAAAUUAUCACCUCAUUGAAAGAUCCUGAUAUCAGUAUUCGGAGACGUUCUUUGGAUCUGCUCUAUGGCAUGUGUGAUGUUUCGAAUGCCAAAGACAUUGUUGAAGAAUUAUUGCAGUAUCUUGCUACAGCAGAUUUUGCAAUGCGUGAAGAACUGGCUUUGAAAGCUGCUAUUCUUGCUGAGAAAUUUGCUCCUGAUCUAUCAUGGUAUGUGGAUGUUAUACUUCAGCUGAUUGACAAAGCAGGAGAUUUUGUCAGUGAUGACAUUUGGUUUCGGGUUGUGCAGUUUGUGACAAACAAUGAGGACCUUCAGCCUUAUGCAGCACUGAAAGCGAGGGAGUAUCUUGAUAAGCCAGCCAUACAUGAAACGAUGGUGAAGGUUAGUGCUUACCUGCUUGGAGAAUAUAGCCACCUUUUGGCCAGACGACCUGGAUGCAGUCCAAAAGAAAUUUUUGGCAUUAUACAUGAGAAACUUCCCACUGUAUCGACACCAACAAUCCCUAUUCUUCUUUCAACAUAUGCAAAGAUUUUGAUGCAUUCACAGCCACCAGACCCAGAAUUGCAGAAUCAAGUUUGGGCAGUUUACAGCAAAUAUGAAAGUUGCAUUGAUGCUGAGAUACAACAAAGAGCUGUAGAAUAUUUUGCGUUGAGUAGGAAAGGUGCAGCUCUGAUGGACAUAUUAGCUGAAAUGCCAAAAUUCCCAGAACGACAGUCCUCGUUGAUUAAAAAAGCCGAAGAUACUGAUGCUGAUACAGCAGAGCUAAGUGCUAUCAAGCUGCGUACGCAGCAGCAGUCGUCUAAUGCUCUGGUGGUGACAGAUCAGCGCCCUCCAAAUGGAGCUCCACAAGUGAGCCAGCUGGGCAUGGUUAUGGUUCCUAGCACGAGCAACACGGAUCAUAAUACUGCUGAACAACGGUCAACCCAGGCGAAUGGAACUUUGAGUGGUGUUGAUUCGCAGCUCCCUGCUCAGGAUAUGGCACCUGCUGGUGAUAUUCUAGGAGAUUUGCUAAGUCCACUGGCUAUUGAAGGUCCUCCGGGUGUAUCUGCUCAAUCAGACCACAAUAGUGUUCAUGGACAUGAUGUUGCUCCUGGUGAUGAUGCUUUAGCACUUGCACCUGUUGGAGACCAGGAUCCUACCGUCAAGCCGAUAGUAGAUAUUGCAGAAAGAUUUGAUGCCUUAUGCCUUAAAGAUAGUGGGGUGCUUUAUGAAGAUCCUUAUGUUCAGAUUGGGAUCAAAGCAGAAUGGCGAGGACACCAAGGACGUUUUGUCCUUUUUUUGGGAAACAAGAAUACUGCUCCACUUGAUUCGGUACAGGCAGUAAUACUACCUCCAUCACAUCUCAGGUCGGAGCUCUCGGCAGUACCAGAUAUUAUACCUCCACGAGCACAGGUUCAAUGUCCACUUGAAGUGGUAAAUCUUCGUCCAAGUAGGGACGUUGCUGUUCUCGACUUCUCCUACAAGUUUGGAGCCUAUUUGGUCAAUAAUCGACUUCGGCUUCCUGCAGUGUUGAAUAAAUUUCUUCAGCCAAUUCAAGUAUCCGCUGAGGAAUUUUUCUCCCAGUGGAGACCACUAACACCUCCUUUGAAACUUCAGGAAGUGGUUAGAGGUGUGAGACCGAUGUCAUUGGGAGAAAUGGCAAAUUUGCUCAACAGUUUGAGGUUGAUGGUUUGUCCUGGAUUGGAUCCUAAUCCAAGUAAUUUAGUUGCAAGCACGACCUUCUAUUCUGAAAGUACACGAGCCAUGCUAUGCCUAGUUAGAAUUGAAACUGAUCCUGCUGACAGAACGCAGCUCCGCAUGACAGUGGCAUCAGGGGAUCCAGCUCUAACAUUCGAGCUGAAGGAAUUCAUCAAGGAACAUUUAGUUAACAUUCCUACAACUGCCAACCCUCCCGCACCUGUGCCUCAACAACCAAUUGCAUCAUCAGACCCAGGGGCGUUGCUUGCUGGUUUGCUGUAAAAAAACUUUUAACAGUAUAUUAUGAAUUACAAACCCGUUGGCGAAAAAACUGUACUUGAAAGGAAUCAUACUUGGUUAACGUUGAAGCAAUGUAGAAGGCAUAUAAAUGAGCAUGGGUUGGCGGGAUCAAAAGCUAAGUUAUAAAUGAGCGGCGUAGUGUUAGAGUUGCUUCGCAGAGGGUAAAAUCGGUGAUUUUUUCGUAAUUGUAUUAUUAGGACAUGGUUUUCUCAUUUUUGGUGAGGGUUUUUUCUGUUUAUAUAAGUUUUCUUUUCUUGUUUUUCAGUUAGUUCUUACAACAUUUGGCUUGAUUGAUAUAUAGGGACAGAUUUCAUAAUAUUCUUUAUGUAUUAUGGAUAGGAUAGGAUGUGAAGAAAGUUGAUUGUGUAACAUUAGUGCAUUUGUUUGUCAAUGCAUGAAAUAUUUGAUUGCUA